AACGAAAGCACUCUACACAUUCCCGACAAAAUCAAAUGCAUCACAACGGUACCGUUCGGUGAUGGUUACGAUUACAUUGUCGUUGGUACCGAAAGUCAGGUGCUCGUCUAUGAUUUCCAUCGAAAUUCGACUGUAUUCAGAAGAGACGUACCUGAUGGUGUACAGUGCUUUGCGGUAGGUAAGAUGGGCGAUUUUGACAGACUGAUACUCUGCGGUGGUAAUUGUGCUAUAUGGGGUUUCGACGAAACUGGCAAAGAUGUAUUCUGGACAGUCACCGGAGAUGCUGUCACAACUAUGUGUUUCUGCGAUUUCGACGCCGAUGGCGAAAUGGAGCUAAUCAUUGGCUCACCUGAUAGUGAAUUAAGAGUGUUCAAGAACGACCUGAUGAGAGCAGAAAUUCUCGAAACCGACGCGGUUAUCGUUCUACAAAGCAUCGAUAAGUGA